AUGGUGAGCUUCCUCCGGGGAUGUUUGAGGAGUUUGUGGAUAAGGUGAGAACUUUUUUGAUUUUGUUCUUGGUUUAGGUGAAGAUGUGGAACUUUACUGGUAGACAGGUUUAAUUUUUGUGGUUAAAGGUGGAUUUAGCUUGGCUAUCAUUUAGAAUGGUCUAUUACGUGAUUUAAAAUAUGAAACAUCGAUUUUUUAUUGAUUUCGAUGUUGCACUUGGAGGUGUUCGAAGAAAUUGAAAUUUUGGAAUAUUCCUGUUGUUUCUUUUGUCGGUAAUGAUAUUUCUGGCCAGAUUAUGAUCUGUCUGAGCUGAUUGCAGGCUUUAAACUCUAACUUUCGAUGAUUUUUGCAUUAAAAAAUUAUUUUUUCGACAUGAACACCUCAUUUUAGGUAAUUAUGUUGAAGACCGCAAUUUUUGCCUUGUUUUUACGAUAAAACUUAUUUUCAUUGAUUUAGCCUUGUGUCAGCGGAGCUUUUGGCGUUUAAUUCAUUACAUUAGCUCGAUUUCAACCCCUUAUUUUAGAUGUUCGAUUCCGGCCUGAACUAGACUUGGCUCUCGGGCCGGCCCGGGCCGAAAAUCGCGGCCCGGCCCGCGGGCCGGAUGAGGUCGGCCCGGCCCGGCCCGUUUCAAUUUUUCUUCGGCCCGGCCCAGCCCGCGGCCCGGCCCGGGCCGGCCCGAAAAUUGAGUAGAAGUAAAAAACCUUAAUUCGCUAUUAGAUGUGACGUAUUUUUCUUUACUAUAACAACUAACAGUACAUUUUUAAAGCAAAAAAUUACUUGCCAACGCAUUGCCUUUUUAAAAUUAAUCAAAAAAUUCCCGAGAUCCGUUUUAAGACUGUUAAAAAUUGCCCCAAGAUCAAUUUUACAGAUUCAGCAAAGGUGGAACCACGUUUAACAAGGUUUUCAACUUCAAGAUGAUAGCGUUGCUUCACACGACUUCUUAAUUGUGUUUUUAAGGAUGUCGGUUACGUUUAUUUUGAGUUUUUGUUCAAAAAAUUACUAAAAACACUAAUAUCCAUUAGUACUUAAUAGAUUUUACUAGUAAAACUACUUAUUAGUAGCCAUUUUUGAGUACUUCCGUGCAUUAUUUUUAUAAAAUUAUGCUUACUGUAUGAAAAAUAUAGACCCCAUUCUUGGCUUUGCGUUUUUAUUUUAUUGGCGACCCAACUUUUUGCUUUAAAAUCCAGAAUUUUAAUUUUGCCGGGCCGGCCCGGGCCGAAAGUUGCGGCCCGGCCCGCGGGCCGGAACAGGUCGGCCCGGCCCGGCCCGUUUCAAUUUUGCUUUGGCCCGGCCCGGCCCGGCCCGAACACCGGCCCGGGCCGGCCCAGCCCGGCAGCCAAGUCUAGCCUGAACGAAGUCGAAAGAGAAUGUGUUCGCUACUACAUCAACCAUGAGCUACAACACCCUGGGGAGAUUCUGGAUGUUGUGGACCUUAAGGAACAGGAGGAAGCGCACGUUUCCAUGGGCAGAUCGGACGAGGAACCUCAUCCGGAUGGGGAUGAAACUGUCCGAAACUUUGGGCAUUUAGAAGUUAUCGAUGAAGAAGAACUAUCUCGGAGAACGGUUACAAGUUACCCCGCAGCAGAUCACUGCCGCCCAUUUGACCAAACUAAAGCAAAUUACGGAGAGUCAAAUUGAAGGCACAGUCAGCGAUGUGGUGAUCUCAGUGCCUCCGGCCUGGUCCAACGACCAACACUUGGCGUUGUUGGAGGCUGGCCAAAUCGAGGGGUUGAAUGUGCUGAAGUUUCCUUGUCCCAGUCCCGUUUAUGGGCUGUACGAACUAGUUGAGAUGCCAGUUUCGAGAUUUGAUAGUAAAAUUUGUAUUGUUUUAGUACAAGAUCGAUGCGAAAACUAACCCGCGCGCCUGA